GCCUGGUCUUUAUCAUCGAAAUAGAAUCUCUUCACAGGUCGUUUUCUGUGGUUAUUUCUGGACCAUUAGAUAUUGCAUUGCCAAGACUUCACAUGAAGGUACCUAUUUGUAUAUGUAUACGUAGUAAAAGUAUAUUCUACGAUGAUACUAAAACUAGUUGAGUUUGAGGUUAAUUCCCAAUAUAUAUGCUCAUUUAUCUAGUAUAGGAUCUGCAACUAGAAACCCUAAAAUCAAUCGUUAACCCUAAGCUAAAAAAGGUUAUACUGUAAUUAACUUUUGCGAGCAGAUCUUCAGCUUUUGGCUCUUGAGCUUUUUGUCUUGGUGUGAGAAUUGGACGCUUACUCUCUAUCUCUACCUCUCUUGUUUCUUGGUUUCUUCUUUUCUCUUUCCUGUUUUUAGCCAAAAAUCUUUUUUUGAUGAUGUGAAACUUGUGGUUUUAUUUCUAAAAGAAAAACUCAUAGUCUUGAUUCUUGAUUUGUGUAGCUCCCUAAGCUCAGUGAUGUCUUCUUCCAACAAUGGUUACAAUAAUGGUAGUAACAACGGAGUGUACCCUCUCUCUCUUUACCUUCCUUCACUCUCCGGUCAGCAAGACAUCAUCCGUAAUCCCUACAAUCAUCAGUUAACAGCAUCACCGGGCCAAAUGUUAUCAGCAGUGCCUGAGUCCCUGAUGGAUUACAUGGCGUUUAACUCAAACAAUGUUAUGAAUCAGCAAAGUUUUGAGAUUCCUGAGGUGUCGAGAGAAAUCAAGAAGGCUGUGAAAAAAGAUAGGCAUAGCAAGAUUCACACGGCACAAGGUCUUAGAGACAGGAGGGUAAGGCUUUCUAUUGGAAUUUCUCGCCAAUUCUUCGAUCUCCAGGAUAUGUUGGGGUUUGAUAAAGCCAGUAAAACAUUAGACUGGCUACUCAAGAAAUCAAGAAGAGCCAUCAAAGAGCUUGUCCAAGAAAAAAAGCUCAACAACAAUGUUGAAGAUUUUGGAAACGAUGGAGGUAAUGUAGUACAUGAAGAGGAUGAUUAUGAUGAUGAUAAUGUUGGCGAUAAUAGCUUUGUGUAUGGUUCGAGCCCCUAUUCCUUCGAAGAAGAAGUGCUAUGUGAGGCCAAGAAGGCAGAGAAAAGAAAGAAGAAGACUGAAAUGAGCAACAUUUCUUCAAAGGGGUCAAGAGCCAAAGCAAAAGGAAAGGCUAAGGGGAUAACAAUAGACAUGACCAAUGAUCAUCCAGAAACCGCCUCUGAGAUCAUACAAACUGAAAUAAUGGACCCAUUCAAGAGGUCUAUAAUCUUCAAUGAAGGAGAAGAAAUGACACAUUCUUUCUACAAGGAAUCAAUCCAAGAGUCUGAUAAUCAUGAAUGCAUUACCAAGACGGAGGUCAAUCUUCCCAUGAAUAUGGAUCAAGGUUAUAAUCAGCAUUAUGGGGCGUUAAUGUUGAAAGAUCAGGGUUCUAGCAGCAACUACAAUGCCAUUCUGCCUCAAAACUUUGAUUGUGACUACAAUCCAAACCCUUUUAUUGAUCAACUCUUUUGUGGAGUCACCAACACAAAUUUCUUCAGAGGGUUCCCAUAAAUCCUGAUAAUUUCGGAGAACUAUGCAUCAAAUUCAAACAUGUAAGGCAAAUAGUCCUUUAUUCCCCUUGAAUAUAAAUUAAAUCUUUGGUUGUCUGUGUUCUUCUGAACAUGUUAUCUGAUCUUAUAUGUCAUUGAUCAUCAAGAUUUAUUUUCUAAGAUACUAUUUGUCUACCUUAAUAUAUUUUAGCUACAGUUUUCAAGUGGUAUGUAACCUUUACAGUAUUUCAAUUUGAAGACGAAGCAGCAAAUUAUAUAAAUUUGAUGAAACCCAAUCCAUUCCAAGAUCCAUACAUAAUUUUGAUUAGGUACUACACACAAAAUUGUUUUAAGACUAAGUAAUUUACAAUUUAACGUUCCGUAUAUAAAGCUCUACAUUAAUUAGUUCCUUAAGCCCUAAUUUCCAUUAGGACCUAUUACAGUAUGCAUGAUGAUGACUGUUGAUGCUCACAUAUACAAGACUGUAUCCACACACAAACAUGUAAUGCUUGACUAAGUUAACAUGCACAAAUUGAAAUGAAACUGAGCACUAGUGUGUAAACUGGAAGCGUGCCAUCGAAAUAUGCUUAGGAAUGCAGGAUAGAUCUUAGUGUUAAUAUUAUUGUCUACUGAUGUAUAUCUAUUAUCUUGCUCAGAUAAUGAUAUUUUCAAUGAUGCAUAUGAUUUUGCCUUUUGAAGGCAUACAUUAAUUGAGUUUAUUGGCUUUUAAAGUUCGGUUUUGGACAAGAGGAUUGUUAACUCCUACGUUUUUGAAUAGGAUAUGAAGUGAUCUGCUCAAGUCCCUCUCUUUUGACUACAAUCUGUAAGUUCCUUAGUGCUUCAAAAUUAUUUUUGUAAACAUUCACAACUUCCAGAUAUCCAUUUCAAUUUAUAAUGCAAUUUAGAAUCUAGUCGGAAAUUGCAAACGCCAUUUAUCCUAUAAUACUAUAUAUCUGGAACCAUAUUACCUCAUUUGAAAAGCUAAUGGAAAUUUAUUAGCGAUAUACUGUAUUGCCACGGUAUUAUAUAAGACCACAUCUGAAAAUGUGAGUGAGACGGCAAAAAUCAAGAUAUAUGGUUUCAAAGAAAAAUGAUUUAAUAGUGUUUCAAAAGAAAUGUUCAAAAGAAUGCUGCAAAAUUUGAAUAAGUUUUUCUCAUUACUGUAAAUUUAUUAAUUCUAAUAAUUAGCUUUGCAAAUAAAACAUAUACAUGUGUGUGUAGUGUAUAAAUAAUUUGGGAGCAAAUAUAUGCUAAAAAUGGCAUGUCUUCCGAAAAAUUCCAACAGGUAUGAAGCAUUAUAAUUUUGGCUUAGUCAGUCUCUUCGAAAUUAUUUUCGAAACUAGCUAAUUACACCAUUUAUAUGCAUGAUGGACCAUAACUUGAAAAGAACAAUAGAAAGUUUAAACUCUUUCAAAAAGAAAUUCACCGUUAUCUAAAAUUAAUCAGUCACUACUACGAAGCUCAUGGAAAAUGUUUAACCUAAGAACUAGAUAAGAACUGAGUAUAUAUAUAUUUGAUGACUCACGUAUGAUUGUUUCUUACAUAUAUAAACGCGUCAAUCUUAAAGCUUCGUGCGUUGUUGAUUUAGAUAAAAUUACUAAACAAUUCUUGUAACGAACUAAAGACAGAAAGAAAUACCCUGUAUAUACAAAGACAAAAGUAAUGCAGCUGAGAGAUAAAGAGAGGGAGACCUUUAAAACUGUUCCUCGUUGCUUCAAAACAGAAUAGCACUCCAAAGCAGAGAAUACAACCUUGUUAUGUUUGAAGAAUAUAGAGUUCAAGAAUAUAUAAGCAGUCAAAAGAACUUUAGUAAAUAUAAGAGAGAAUUAAAGCUAGAAAGGAGAAAUUAUUUCAUUUUUGUUGCUUUUUUUUUUGCUUCAAACUUCAUCUUCAUAGCAUGACAGACUAAUAUCUAGACUUGGCUAGCUGGAUUAGUUAAGUUACCUACGAAUAAUCAACAAUAUUUAAUUAACAAAUGCCUGAAAACUGAUUAUCUCAAAAAGAUUUUGUUGAAAGGCGGAAGUAACUUUAUUAUAUAAAAUUUCACAUGUCAGAUCAUCCUAUGAAAUAAACUCGCAGAAAUAGCUGAUUAUAAUAUUCACAUAAUAUCUUUCCUACAUGUCUUUGUGGUACUAUUUAAUAAAAAAAAAUUAUUAGUCUGAUCUUGAGUGGACACCCACUGCGUCCAAUCUUUAAAGGAUAUCUUUGCUAGAGAUGAUAAAUUUACAGUUUAAUUACAGAAAUUUUAUAGAAAAGUAUAUCUACAUCACAUUCCAACUUCAUCUAUUUCUAAAAAAAGGUGUUAAUUAAUACAUUUAUUAGUCUUAGACACACAUAUAUAAUGAAAAAUAUGAUAUCCAUGAAAAAAUUGCUUCUUGAUAUAACAUAAAAAAUAGAAAAUUUAUUGAACCAAAAUUUUCUUUUAUUUGUGUAAAGAUGUUUUGACAAAUUUAUAACAAUAUAUAUCUGUGUGUGAAAAAAAGAAAAAA